AUGAGUGAUUACGUUGCUAUUCUGAAGCCACUAGAAGAAGCAACGACCAAUGCUGGAGCUGACAGCUACCCAACCUUGUCAGCCCAAAUACCCAUCUUGUAUUGCAUCCUUGCAUGCCUGAACAGCUCCAUCAGCCAGCAGACCAUAACUUCCUCGUUCUCGUCUAACCUGGCCAAGUGCCUCAAGACAAGAUUUCCUGACUUCAAAUUUGACCAAGUAGCCAGCUUGGCAAUGCUCCUAGACCCAAGGUUCAAGGCAGUGGUCUACGAAGAGGACAGGUCGAUGGGGAACUGGUUGAAGAACCUGGGAGUUGAGGAAGCGCAAAAAAUCCCUGAGACACAAAGAAGCGCAGGGGUGUCCUCAGAGAUAGCGGCCCAUGAAGUUCCGUCCAGGUCAGCGCUGUGGCAAAACUUGGACAGCCUCAUUAAACAAAAGCAGCAUUCAAUGACACAAGCUGAAGAAGAGGUAGCAGGCUACCUGCACGAAGACGUCCUGGCCCGGGAAGAGGAUCCUUGCAAGUGGUGGUGUGAGAAGGGUGCCACAAGAUACCCCCUGUUGGCUCUACUUGACCCAGCGGCCGAGCCCCCGUCGGAGGCCCCUCCCCCCGUGGCCGAGGAGGAGGAAGAGUGCCCCUCCUCGGCCUCCUCCUCCUCGCAGUGGGAGGGGCAGGGGGGCGUGACCCUGGAGGAGUUCAUCGGGCAGCUCCAGGUCAAGGGCCGCAAGGGCCUCUACCAGGAGUACAGCCAGCUCAAGGCCAGGGGGCCCCAGGGCACCUUCCUCACGGCCAGGCUGAAGGCAAACCAGUGCAAGAACCGGUACACGGACGUGCUCUGCUACGACCACAGCAGGGUGACCCUGGCCCGGCGGGGAGACGACGAGGACUCGACAUACAUCAACGCCAACUUCGUCGACGGCUACCGCCACAAGAACGCCUUCAUCUCCACCCAGGGGCCCCUGCCCAAGACGUACUGCGACUUCUGGCGCAUGGUGUGGGAGCAGCGGUGUGCGGUGAUCGUCAUGACGACGCGUACCUUCGAGCGGGGUCGGGGCAAGUGCGGCCAGUACUGGCCCGCGGCCGUGAAGGCGUCAAUGGACUUCGACGGGCUCUUCCGGGUCACCACGCUCUCGGCCGACCCCAAGCCGGACUACAUCCAGGCCGAGCUGGAGCUGCACAACUACGAGACAAAGGAGACGCGGCUGGUCAGCCACCUGCAGUUCACGAGCUGGCCGGACUACGGCGUGCCGGACUCUGCCCUGGCCAUGCUGGCUUUCCGGGGAGUGGUGAGGGACAAGCAGGCACAGGCAUUGGCCAGCAUGGAGCCCAAGUGGGAGGGGCACCCCCUGGGACCGCCCAUUGUGGUGCACUGCAGCGCUGGCAUUGGCCGGACGGGCACGUUCAUCACCCUCGACAUCUGCAUCCUACAGCUGGAAGAGGAAGGCCGCGUGGACGUGCGCUCCACCGUGGAGCGCAUCCGCUCUCAACGUGCCUUCAGCAUCCAAAUGCCGGACCAAUAUGUGUUCUGCCACCUUGCCCUCCUCGAAUUUGCGCUCUUGCGCGGACUACUGCAAGACGUUGCGCUCGACGGCUUUGAGGACGACGACGACCGUGGGGGAUCCGACUCGGAGUGAUCGGCUUUGGGUGAUCGACCCGGUGUGAUUGGCCCCAGUGAUCGGCUCGGGGGGUGAUUGGCUCUAGUUGGUCAGCUCCGAGUUGAUAUGCUUCGAGUAAUCGGCUCGGAGUGAUCGGCUUCGAGUGAUCGGCGACUGCGGCCAGUGACCACCCCUCGUGGAAGUGCGAUCGUCGGCGCUGGCUCGAAGCCAAGUUUUCCAUCGAUCUGAAGAAAGUGACACCUUUAUUCUUUAUUACUUUGAGAUUUUUUUUUUUUUUUCUGAAUUCUUGAGUCAUCACCUUUUGUUUUGUAGCUAGCUGGUGCGAGUUAUUGUUUCUGCUGGUGCAAAGGUCGAGUUUGUUCCCUCUGUGGCGUACGACACGAGCAUCUUUCACAUUGACGAAGUAAUCUCUAUUUUCAUUUCUUCCCCUGCAGUUUGCGUGCUGCCUCGUUUACCUCGACACUAAUUGCCAAAGUUGGGCCAAAGCAGUCUCCAGUUGGGAGCGAAAAGUUGCUGUAUUUUUUUUUUAAAUAAGUCGUCCUCGGAAAUGAUACGUACCGCUUGUCGUGCUGAAUACAAAGCAGUCGCAGAGGGCGACAAGGAUCGAUGAGACGGUUCUGAAUGGGAGGAGUGCUCCAAAUUCAUCAGUUUCGAUCUAAUUCCUAUUACGCGACACGUCCCGCGAUGUUGCCGUCGAAGCCAUGCACGGUGACUUUUUUUUUAUUUCAUUUCUGGUGCUUGUUGAAGUUGCACCUGAGGAUUCUGGUGCUUUUCAGUCGCAUAAACUGGUGACUAGCCUUAGCUCGAGUUUUUGUUUCCCUUUUUUUUUUUAAUUUGUGACUUCAUUAACAUCGGAAACACAGCCAACGGCUAUUACGGGUUUCUUUGUUUUGAAAAACGUUGCGCGAUCGCGGCGCCGGUUUUAUUUUACUUUGAAAGGUUUGAAUGGUGUUUUUUUUCUUUCUCACUUUCGUUAUGAACUCCAGAUGUCUGUUCUUUUUGUUUUUGUCAUUUUUUUUGGUUUUGGCAUAGGGGUCUGGAGGUUCAGAAUUUUUGGCCGACUCUAUAUUUAACUGUGUGUAUUUAAGAGACCAGGUUCCGUGCGGUGUUGUAGAGCUGUCCUAGCGCGUGGUGUUGGUGGUGUCAGUAGUGUGUCGUCUGUGGAACGGUCUGCGGUCGGCGAACGGGUCGGGUAGCGGAAACAUACAGAGGUGCGAUUGCCUCCCCUUUUACAAGGGCGUCUUUUGGCAGCGGAAGUUUGGCGUCGGCCAAACAGCUCCAUACAUGCGGUAGCUCUCUUGUUUUUCAUGGUUCAAUGUACCCUCGGCAAAAACUGCCAGUCCACGUUAGCCUUUCUGACACUGUCAUUUUUUAAGGUUGCCAUAACAAGAGUGCAAGUGCCGUCUGCCAGUGCACUGAAGCCGUCGUACAUAGGAUGUUCACGUUUGCCAAAAGCAGCCAUCGUUCAGUUACGUCCAGCGUUUUCGCAAUUGACCUCGAACGUUUCCACGAAGGUCGCCACGGACAUAAAACCUCUAUCUAGUCUUUACUUUUUUUUUUUUUCAAAUGCUCGCACUUUGAUGAGUUGUCAACUCGAAACGGAGCCAUUUCUCGUGCAUCUUGCAUAACUAUUUAUCGAUUACUUCUUGUUUUCAUUGCGCAGUCUGAUGCGCUACAGCGUCUCGAGAUGGAUCUCCCUCCAGAACAAGUAUCCAGUAGUGUCCGAGGCUCUUAAGAAUGGUGGCUUCGGCUAUGGCUUGCUGUGGGCUUAGAAUUUGACGACUAUGGAUUCGAAGUGCUUGCAGACGAGCCUCGAGAGAGUCUAGAUUCUCAUCUUCUACAUUACCUGCUGCUGGGUAGUUUUGGAACAUAGCGCGUACAAUUAACAGCGCAAGAGACAAUGUUUAAGCCACGUGCUGCUUGCUCAGGUCGUCUGCCAUUUGUGCAUCUUCUGUCCACGAAUAGCAGAUGACAGUGUCGUCUGCUAUAUUACCUCUUCGAAAGUAAUAAGACUUUUCUGCGUCAUGUAGCCCCACAAAGCAUUUCGGGCACACUUCUGCGACAGUGUGGUGUGAAUCCACUUUCUUGCAUUCCUGCUUUUUUUGCCCAAUUUGUGUUAGUACAAAUUGCAUAUUGCAAGUCAUGGUUCCGAUUGUACAUACGACAUAGUAGCUCUCAUUUUCUCAAGGGAUCUCGUCGAUGCUUUCUAGGGUCGUUUUUCCGUGAAUUGAGACUGGCGUAUUGUAGAAAUUUUUUCUUGUCUACUUAAGUAUGAUUUUGUAGGCUGGUGUGACUUUCAUCCAGUGUUGCCACAAUCGUUUCCGAGACUUUUUUUUGUUUUGUUUCAUGACUCCUGUAUUGCACUAGUCAUGUUUUUGCGAGCGAUUCCGUCGCACCUGUGCGCUGUCCUCAUGGAGGUUUGCAUCAACUAGAUUCCAACAGCAGUUAAAUCAUCAGAGCAGUGUAUGCUGUCCCUUUCUUGACCAUUGAGGAAUUUAUUAUUAUAAUUGUGUUAGUGUGAACCGGGAAACGCGGUCACUGGUCGAUUUCAGUGUGUUCUGAGCUGAGUCUAUUGGCUAUGGCUGUACAAUGUAUACUGUGAACGUUGUAUUUGGGAGUCUAAUAUUUUUUUGAGUUUGUCGGAAGUGCAACUUUUAGGGACAUUCCAUGAAAAUUAAAUUUUGUUGCCACUUGCUGCGAUAUGCAAGAGAACAUUAACUUCUGGAUGGAUAACUACCAGUUAGGAUUAUAUUCUGUUGCCAGCUGCAGGGUUAUAAUAAGUGCCAUUUCAUGUUGAAUUUUGCCAUAUGAAUCGGCACUUUUCGUAACUGGAAUUUUUUUGUUAUAAAUUUUUAUUGUAUAUAAAGCAGUUGUAUGUUAAACGAGGCUGGUAAAAAGGCCAUUUUUUUUUUUUUAUUUCGCAUUCUCAGUUAGGUUAAAAUCGCAAACCACGGGAAAAGGUCUAAGUAAAUCGCUAUUGAGGACUGCAGCUAAGAGGGAAGCCAUGCGACUUCACGAGAAAAAGCAGCAAAUUGUUUUUUAAACCUGGCAAAAAAAAAAACAGUGCAGCCUUUUUGGGCUUUUUUUAUUUUAUUUUUCGCUGCAAAAACUCUGACACAAUUUUUUUUUUUUUUUUUGUGCAACAUGCAAAAACUUUGCUAGAAGAAAAAAAACCCCGAAGUUCCAAGAUAUGUUGUCUGAAGUUCUCAGGAGGCUGACAAUUCAUCGACCACCUUCGUUUUAGAAGGAAAAUAUCCAGUGGUGGAAACACAAACUACGACUUCAAUUUAACAAACUCUGAGUUUCAUUGGUCAUCUUUUAUUACAACAGUGACAUACACACUUCAGUCAUCUCGUUAACGAAGAUCAGUCAUCACAGUUCAUGCCUACAAAGUGCAGCACGUCUUGCCGUUUUUGAUUCUCUCUUCUCUGGAUUGAAAAAGAAAAACGAUCUACAGCUCUGAACGGUCGAACAAUCAGCAGUCUCCCAUCCCGGAAUCCACUGGUGUGUAUGUAAUGCCUCCUCCGUGCAGCAGAAAUGUUUCUCCUAGUGUCUAACAAACAGCCUAACAUAUUUCCUCAUCACCUGUAUUGGAAUAAAAGCGUACAUAUCUAA